AUGUCUGGCCUGGGCUCUGCAAGGUCGUCGGUGAAACGGGGGGGCGAGAGCGCCGCGAAGCACGCGGGUGCGCUGGUGGAGGCAAUAGACCCCCUCAAUUCGCAACCGUUUCGUCCGUCGCUCGUGUUAACGUUUCGCGGGCACCGGAGUGGCGUGCUGGCGGCGGGCUUCCAACCGUCUGCGUCCUCAUUGCUGGAGCGACGUGGCGAGGCGGGCGAUGUGGUGCCGCCGUAUGCCUUCUCCUCCGGCGCCGACGGGCUUGUGUUUCUCUGGAGCGCCAAACCCACCGUCCGCGCCUUGCGCUUUGCCGGGCACCGCGGCCCCGUUUACGACUGUACCUGGAGCCCGCACGCCCAUCUCAUUGCUAGCGCCGGCCAUGACGGCUUCGUCCGCCUGUGGCUGCCGACUCUGCGGCGCAGCGGUGGAUUGACGGUGCCCUCGACAAACAGUAAUUGCCCGGAGAACUAUUGCCACUGGCGGGCGCACGGGGGGCCGGUGCGGUCCCUUGCCAUCGCCCCGCACGACGACCACCUGUACACGGCGGGAGACGACAAGUCGGUCAAGUGCUGGGACCUCAAUUACGCCUCCUCCGCGACGACCGCCAAGGGCGGCGGUAACAAAUUCGUCUGCGGCUUCACCGGCGGGCACCAGAAUUGGGUGCGAACGGUCGCCGUCUCAGGCGGUGGCGCCACUGACAAUGGGCUCCUUCCCACACACAUUUCGCUUGUCGCAAGCGGUGGCGAUGAUCAGACAGUGCAAGUGUGGGACACCCGCUCGCGACGACCGACACACACCUUUUAUGAGCAUACUGGAUCCGUGCGGUCGGUGGACUUUCACCCCGACGGCUGUUCCCUUGCGACAGGCUCUGCCGAUCACACCAUCAACCUGUUUGAUCUCCGUAGAAACCAACUGCUGCAGCAUUACAACGCGCACGACGGCGGAGUCAACGAGGUACGCUUUGCCCCCACCGGAAGCUGGCUGCUCUCCGCAUCUGCGGACGGCGCCGUAAAGCUAUGGGACCUGAAGGAGGGGUACUUGUAUUGUACACUAAAUGCACAUGAGGGGGCGGUAUCCACAGCCCGCUUUUCCGACGACGGGGCCUACUUUACAACAGCAGGACAAGAUGGUAUUGUGAUGGUGUGGCGUUCCGGUUUGCCGCGGGUGACGCCAUCGUACGCAACGUACCCGAAUACGCACCUCUAUGCGCCAGAUAAUCUGCAGCGAUGUCAAGAGGUAUCGCAACAGCCUGUAAGAACGGCAUCCACCCCAGCGAGGAUCACUGCAGAAGCAACGGCAAGAGAAAUGCCAGGCCCCUAUGGCCUCUGUUCCUCCAUAGAAACCUCAGAGAGCCGUCCGCAGGAGAGUCAAGCUACAUUUCUCAACCCGCGAGGCUCGGAAACGGCAUCAAAGCCACAAGAAAAACCGCCCACCUCCGUGGUUCAUUCGCAAUUCUCUUUUUCCUCCUCUUUGCAGAAACCGCCACUUUCUCAGCCUUCGUCGCGUCCUACCGUAACACCGGCAGCCGCGGCUAUGGCUUCCGCUCAUGCCGAGGACGGUCUUGACACAAACAACGAGGCAGAGGUUGAGUAUGGGCGUCCUCCGUGUGCACCAGCAGAUGGGCGCAAGAGUGAGACUAGAAAAACGUUGGCAUUUGCUCGCGAAGAGAACGAACGGAGGUACAAUGGCUUAAACCAGCCCCAAAUUCCGGAUGCUGAGGAAGAAACCAAAAGAGAGAGAGGGGAGUUCCAGGCGGCAGAAAAAGGGGGCUGUCAGAAGACGCGUGCCUCGGAACGGGCAUCGACAGAGUCUGCGCAGGGCCGGGACUCGGCGGCGGCGGCGAGUGAGAUUGACGAUGAGAUGAGCGUUCUGGAAUACGUUGGGAAAACAUGUGGCGAGGGGGAAGAGGAAUUUGGCUCUAAUGGUUCGGCGGUGCCUCCGUGCCGUGUGGGGGGGUCUUCCGUGGCGCAUAGGCGAGAGGAGGAACAGCGCGUAAAUGAUCGUUUGAGGCGUCUUGAAGAGCUCUGCGCACGGUUAACGACGGAGGUUCAGUUGACACAUGAGCACAGCGUCGUCAUGACGCAGGAGCUGCAGAAGCAGUGGGAGGCGCAGCAGCGGCAGCACCGGGAGCAGAUAGAGCAGCUACGGCAGAUGAUGGAAGGCUUUGUGGCACAGCAAGGUGCCUUGCUGCAGGCCCUCCGCAAGGAAUAG